AUGUCGGACCACACAGCAGCCUUUGAGGGCUCUGAUCCACCCUCACGACAGCGCAGUCCUCCCGCAGGCGAUCCUAAAUACCACUACGAAAGCCUCAAUGACAUAGGCACAAGUCCGUCUGCUAGUGUACCGUAUACUAGACGUCGUCCAUCUCGCACCAGUUCGGGCACGAAAGGUUCCCCACCUUCGGCCUCACCGCCACGCGGAGACGACCAUGACGAGAGCGAGCAGAGGACGAAGCCACCUCGCAGCACUUUGAAGAAGCUCCUGAGACGAGACUCACACCAUACCGACACUGGAUCAACAUCACAGGGCAAACAAGAAGAGUUGGAUGAGGAGGGAAGUACCAUCGGCUACAUGCCCAGGCUCGGCCAGAUAAGAGAAAGCAGGUCCAAGGUCAGCACACGUUCAAGACGUCGGGGAAGCUCUGCUGUCAGUAUCCCGGUCGAUCCGAGGGUUCUCCGCCGCCGGCAUACUGGAGACAACGCCGUGAAACGCUCACACGCACGUGACAAACGCAGCUCUUUGCAGCGGCAUGCUGGGGAUAUGGCCAACAUGUCAGAUCCCUCUCUAGUUUCGAGCGUGACGCAACAAUCAGAUGCUUCGGGUGGUAGUAACUCGACAGUGUUGCAGCGGCCGUACAGCGGUUAUAGCCAAGUCGACCAGUACCUAGAACCUCAAGAAAGCCAUAGCCCAUCCGCAUCAACGGCUGUGGAAAGUCCUGCCUUUGACAAUAUCGGCGCCGCUCAGUCUGAAGUAUUCAAGUACCUACAGACUAGCGACACGACCGCAAGCAUUACGCCAACAGACCUUCAAGCUAUGCCCCCAUCAACCGUUGUCUCGUCGUCUUCGUCAUCAUCAGGUGACACUCAACAUGACGACCGGUCGUCUGUAGCAGCAGACUCACAGCACACCAUUGACUCUGCCAUGACCUCACCAGCCUCAACACGAAGGAGUCUCCAAACAUCUUCACAUCUCCCUAAUCAAGAAUUCCGCACGUUCAAGAAGCCGCUGUACGCCAGUAGCUUUGUGCAUGGCCCUGGGGACGAAGUCGAAGCCAAUGAAGAAGAGGGCAGUGAAGAGGAGAACGACGGUGGGUCAGAGAGCGAGGAAGAAGUCAACCAAAAGAAGCAGAUACCUAACAAAAGUCCAAUGGAAACCCUCCCUCCUCGAGCUCCAUCAGCGGCCUCUUGUCAAAGUGAUGCGCACGCCACGCGUCUCAAACAACAGGAGCGCGAGCUCGCCAACCAUAUUUCACAAAACCCACAGCCGUACAGCGACUACCAAUAUAGCGCAGAGCAACCCGCACACAACUACCCACCCAUGCCAAUGUACAGUCCUCAGGGAUACUCCGGUGCGUCUCCUGCUGCAAUGAAUGCAGUCGUCAAUUCACCACCAGGAUGGGCACCCAUGCCCUCAUUCCCAGCCCCAUUAGCCAUCGGCUACGCGCCUCACCAAUCCCCCGAAGCGGCGCAUGCACAUCCCCUAUCGAUACGACCCCCUGAUGGUAUGCUUCAGUACAUGCCCCCGCCUUUUUCCCCACAUCCAGGGCAACCGCCACUCUACCAACAGCACGCGCCGUCGUCCAGCCAGACCAGACCAACAAUAGUGGGUUACGAACUCCUAGCCAACGAGCUUAGCGGAUCGUCGUCGUCGUCGAGCUCCCAUGGCCGGAAGAAGCGUCUCGUGCCCAUGUACCGAAAGUUCUCGCACCUAAACCACCGCGUCUUGCUUCACCUACAAGACGAAACGAGUGAACUAGAAGAAGAGCUUCGUCACCUAGACGAAUGCAUUGCGCAGAUAACCCCCCGAGAUGCGGAGGGGUACGCGUACCCUGCGUCGAGGCGGAGUGACGCACGCUACGGUGGUGAAAUGCACUUCAAGAGGACCGAACUCCUGGGGCGUAUCUACCAGAAGCUAGAGCAAUACAACAAGGCUUUAUCUUCGUUUAGCAACCUCUCGACGAGUCUCGUUCCUGCCACCGCUAAAGACGUGCAAGCCUACCGCGCGUGGAUGGACGAGCACGACCCAGUCGAUGAGGCGGAAUCUCACUUCCUCGAGCAAGACUCUGAUUUAGUGACGAUUUCGCGGAAGCCAUCAUCAACUGUUACUGCUAGCACGGCAGCACAGCCGGCAACCGGACAAGACGCGUCCCAGUCAGCGCCAUCAGCAGUAUGGUUUCCACUAACCCUCGUGAUACCCCUCAUGGCGUUUGCGAUAGUCCCUAGUUUGCUCGGACGCCUCGUCGUUAUCGUGCUUAUCGUUGGCGCGGAGCUAAAGCUGAUCAUGUCGACCCCUAAGCUCAUGAGUUUACUGUCUACGCGUGAGUGGACUGCGGCUGCUUCAAUGUGA